AUGAUUGAUACAUUCCCACUGGAAUCACUUCCAGACGAGCUUUUAGCUGAAGUCAUUACUCAUGUACCGCAGCGAGAUAGAUUGAACCUAUGUUUGGUGAAUAAACGGGUUUCAAAACUAGCACUGCCGAUUUUGUAUCGGAGAAUUUAUUUGAACGAUUCGAAUGUAGUAGAGAGUGAUAUAGUCAACCUCGCUAUCAACUGGACAUACUUGUACAUGCCCCCAAACGAGGCAGAGUGCUGGUCUCGUGGGUUGGCUAAUGCGAAACUUGAUCUUCUUAUACGCACUUUAUCUAGGAACAGUGAAAGGUUGAAUUCCAUUCAAUGGAUACGGAUUAAUUGGGAUUUGGAUAAAGAGAAGCAGGCAGAAGUUUUAAGGUUGCUAUGUACGUACUCUAAAUCCAUUAUACGAUUGGAAAACGUUACGGACCCGGAUUGUAACGAUAUUAUUGCAAAUGGAAUCCAAUCGCGUCAUAAUGUCACCAGUUUCGAUAGUGCCCCACCUAAUUCCAUGCCCGAGGGAGAAGUUUCCAGAACGUAUUUGCCUAAUUUAGCUCAAUAUUUAAAGCAACGGAUUUCUUCUAACUUGUCACACAUGACUCUUUUCAUGGAUCCCAUCCAGUUGUUCAAUUGCAUAUACCCAUUGCAAUUUAAAUUGCAAAUCCAUGACUUGAAACUACAUUGGAGGAAAGAAUAUUAUCCGCCCGAUCAAUUGAAACCGCUGAACCAAUACCCGAAGCUUACUAAACUUUCAGAUGUCUUCGAUGUGAGAACUUUAAAGGUGUUAACAAUCAUAUCAUGGAAUGAGAAUUUGAAUAAACGAGAAUUGGAAAUUUUGACUGAAUUUUACGAGUUUACAGAAAUUCGGGAUUUAUCUCUUAUAUCUAUGAGACAAAAUCCAGCCAUACUCAUCGAACUUUUCAAACGUUUGAAGAAUUUGAAAAGGUUGAAGACAGAUUUUUUGCAUGAGUUCACUCCACAUCCUGUUUCAACGGAUGUAUUCCUGUCCAUUUUAUUAAAUUGUAGAGAGCUACAAUUCCUAGAUUUGAGAUUCGAAAAUAUCGACAGGCAGAUCAUUUCUAUCGAGGGGUCAAGGUUCAAAUUCUUACAUAACUGCCAUUGUGAUGAUUGUAAUCAUGUGUUUCAGGAUAUACUAUACGGUAAAUUUUUCAAUUCGUCGAAAGAUAUGGUGAUCAGAGAUUUAAGCGAUUUGAUCGCUAAGGAUAUAUUCACAAUGAUGAAAUACCUCUCUUUAUUACCUUAUUCAAAAGCAUUUGACAUAUACCCUUCUGUUAGGACACAACCAAUGAAUCUCUCGGACUUCGUCACCAAGAUUAAUGAAUACAAUAGGCACUAUAAAUCCAUGCAUAGAAACUCAACCCCGAUUGAACCCAUCACAGAAUCUGACGUCAUCAAGUGCUAUCAUGCAAUGGUUCAUCACAAUAAAAAGACAUAUACAACUAUACUCUCAAAUUUGAAAAGAUUACGAUAUUUGGUUUUGAACGACGUACCUUGUAUCGUUCUCGAGAGAGAAGGUGCCCGUGUUCCUGUUCCAGUUUUCUUUAAUAAUGGUUACAAAUCGAAUAUGGGAAAUUGUUAA